AUGCGAUUUGGUACAGGAUCUUAUAAUGUUAGACAUUCAGAAGGACUAAAUCCUGAUAUAUUACAAAAUUCAUCUAACUCUAAACAAACACUAAAUUGUACAAUAUAUUUUCUCGAUGAUACAGAAAGAACUUUUACGGUUGGGAGAGGAGCAAUAGGACAAGAAAUGUUAGAUAAAGUUUUUGAACAUUUAGAAUUAGUUGAAAGAGAUUUUUUUGGUUUACAAUUUUUAUCAUUUCUUGAUUCACAGGCAGAACAUCCACGAAUGAGAUGGCUUGAUCCCCAAAAAUCAAUAAAAAAACAAAUGGUCUGUUCUCCAUUUAAUUUAUAUUUUCGUGUAAAAUUUUAUGUUUCUGAUCCUAGUAAAUUAGCUGAAGAAUAUACAAGAUAUCAUUUCUUUUUACAAGUUAAACGAGAUUUAAUAGAAGGAAGAUUAAUAUGUCCUGAGUCAUCAGCUGCUCUUCUUGCCUCAUAUGCUAUUCAAUCAGAAAUAGGUGAUUAUAAUUCUAGUGAACCUGAUAAUGAUUAUGUUGAAAAUUUUAAAAUAAUUCCAAAUCAAUCUUAUGAAUUAACAAAACAAAUAAAAGAACUUCAUAAACUUCAUUCUGGGCAGACACCUGCAGCUGCUGAAUACAAUUUUUUGGAUCAUGCUAAAAGAUUAGAUAUGUAUGGUGUAGAUUUAUAUGAAGCUAAUAUUGAUGAUGGUAUUCAAUUGCUAGUUGGUGUUAACUCUUAUGGUAUUUGUUUAUUUCAAAAUGCACAAAAAAUAAAUGCAUAUCCUUGGUGUAGUAUAAUGAAAUUAACGUUUAAAAAGAAAAUAUUUAAUGUUGUAAUAAGAAUUUUAAAUGAAUUAAAUGAAGAAGAGGAUAAAGUAUUUUGUUUUCAUGUUAUUACAUCUCAAUCAUGUAAAUUAUUGUGGAAAAGUUGUAUAGAGCAUCAUACAUUUUUCCGAUUAAUAGCUCCUCCAAUACCCCCACCAAAAAGUAUAUUUUCUCUUGGUUCUAGAUAUCGUUAUAGUGGUAGGACAGAAUUUCAAACAAUGGAAGAGAUGAAAAGGAGAGCCAGAGUUGAAAGAGCUUUCAUGAGAGCAAAUUCAAGAAAUAAUUUUAGUAGAGCAACUAUUACUGGUAUUGGUACACGUAGUUGUGGUUCUACAAGUCAACAAAAUAAUUUAGAACAAAUUACUGAAAGGGAGUUUAAUAAUUUAGAGACAACAUUUGAUGAUGCUGAUAGGGGUGAAUAUACCUUAAAAAGCAAUAAUGGUAUAUACAAUUUUAAAAAAUAUGAAGAUGAAUGUAUGUCAAAUGAAAGUGUAAGAAAUUCAAUUACCUCACAUACAUCAUGGGUAGCAAAAAUAUUUCCAUCUGGACAUUGGAAAAGAAAACAAAAUUUAUUAAGAAAAAAUUUUACACUUAACAAAAGUUUACGAAUUAAUAAUAAUGGAUCAUCUACUUCUAAUUCUAGUAUAACAUCUUUUUUUCAUAGAUUAAUACCAAAAUUAGAAUCAAAUAAAAGUAAUAUAGAAGUGAGAGAUGAUUAUGUAGAGAAAAAUCAUCUUCGAAUUUUGAAUCAUCGAAAAAUAGAUGAAUUUGAUGGAUUAAAUUAUAAAAAAAUUACAAAAAGUGAAAGUGUUGCCCCAUCACCGAGUAAUACAUUAGACAGAAAAAUAACAAAUUCAAAAAGUCAUUAUAGUCCAAUAAGAAAUCAAAAGGUUGGAAAUAAUUCUGAUACGACACAAACUAAACACCAAAUAUAUGAUGACAACAAAAUAAGUCUUCGACAAAAUAUGAAUCAACGAUAUAACAAAAAUACUCCUGAUAGUAAUUUAAGGAGACUUUCACAACCAAAAGAAACUACUUUUGGUGUUAGUGGUAACGAUGAAGAUGGAAUAACAUAUUGUACUGGUAAUUGGACUGUUCCACAACACAAUGAAAACUAUGAUUCUGGAAUCUCAAAUGGUAGUAAUAGUUAUGGAUAUUAUCAACAACCAACUAAUACAGGAAAUGACGCUUCAUUGCCAAGUACAUUAAAUAAAAGUACAACAUCAUCCUCCUCAAAAAGUCCAAUAAACAAUUCAUCAAUAAAUACAAAAAAUUGUCAAAACAAUAAUAUAACAAUGCACCAAAAUACUAUUAGUACGGGGAACAAUUACAAAAGACCCAAUAUAUCUUCAAAUUCUUCAUCUACAACAAGUAGUACAUCAUCAGCCUAUGGAACAGCAGGAUCUUAUUCAUCAAACAAUUCUCACAAUAAUAAUGCUAUGUAUAACAAUAAUUCAUCUAAUUCUUCUAUUUCUAAUCAUACAUUAACAAGAAAUAGUAAUAAUCCAUCGCGUGUGACUAAUUCUUCAACUAAUCCACCUAAUGGUUCUCCAUACAAAAAUUCACCACGUAUUUCACAACAAAGUGGUAUUGUUUUAAAUCAAAUGAAUGGAUAUUCACCACGAUCUUCUGUUGCUAGUUAUUCCUCAUAUACAUCGUCAAAUGGACUGCCUUCAACAAACAAUCAAUCGUAUGGUGGUACUAGUAAUGCCAGUAAUAACAAUAAUAUUUCAAAUGGAACUUUAACUAAUAAUAAAACAAUAUCAAAAAAUUUAUCUUCAUCUAGUCCUGUAAGACAAAUUUCAUCAUUAUCACAACGACGCUCACCUAAUAGUGGUAUUAAGCCUAUAAAUUGUUCUCUUGUAAAUAAUUAUUUUGCUAAUCCAGAAGAGAAUCUUGUCACAAUAAGAAUGAGACCGGAUCUUCAAGGCAAAUUUGGUUUUAAUGUUAAAGGUGGAGCUGAUCAAGAUCAUCCUGUUAUUGUUAGUAAAGUUGCAAGUGGCAGUAGUGCUGAUAAAUGUUAUCCAAGACUCAAUGAAGGUGAUCAGGUUAUUAUGAUAAAUGGUGAAGAUGUUACUCAUUGGACUCAUGAUCAAGUUGUAAGAUUUAUAAGAUCAGCAAAAGAUACACCUACUGGAGAAUUAAUUUUAAAUAUUAAACCAAAUGUCUAUAGAUAUGGAGAACACGAAGAACCUACUUCUAUUAAUAUUCCAGAAAUAAAACAUGUAGCUGAUAAUAUUCCUAGAAAAGAUAUGUUAAAACAAUCUCUUCGUAUAUUACAAGAAAAUUUACGAAAUGGUGUGUGUGUCGAACAAUUUGAAACUUUAUAUAGAGUUAACCCAGAAAUGAAAAUGCUUGAUUCAAAAUUAUCUGAUAAUACUUCUAAAAACAGGUAUCGUGAUAUUUUACCAUAUGAUGAAACAAGAGUUAGAUUACAAAAAAAUGUUUCUGGAGAUUAUAUUAAUGCUUCUCAUAUAAAUAUAGAAAUUCCAUCAAGUGGUAUUAUUAAUCGUUACAUUGCAUGUCAAGGACCUCUACCAACAACAUGUGGAGAUUUUUGGCAAAUGAUAUGGGAACAGUCAUGUAGUACAAUUGUAAUGUUAACAACAACUAUUGAAAAUGGUAGAGUUAAAUGUCAUCAAUAUUGGCCAAGAUUAUAUGAUUCACAAGAUUAUGGAAGAUUAAUAGUAACUUGUAUUAAAGAAAGAGAAACACCAAAUUGUUCUUAUAGAGAAAUUUCUAUUAAAGAUAGUCAAACAAAAGAAGAAAGAAGAGUUUCACAAAUGCAAUAUACAUCAUGGCCAGAUCAUGGAGUUCCUGAAGAUUCUAAACAUUUUCUUGAUUUUGUUGAAGAAGUUAGAAAAACAAGACAUGGAAGUGUUGACCCAAUGGUGGUUCAUUGUAGUGCUGGUAUUGGUAGGACAGGAGUUCUAAUUCUUAUGGAGACUGCAGCCUGUAAAAUUGAAGCUAAUGAACCAAUAUAUCCAAUUGAAAUUGUAAGAAAAAUGAGAGAUCAGAGAGCUAUGUUAAUUCAAACAACGGAACAAUAUAUUUUUGUAUGUGAUAGCAUUCUUAAAGCAUAUGAUCAUAGAAUGUUUAUACCAAUAUCUGAAUUUCACAAAUUAUCUCGCUAA